GUCUGGCUGGUCUCUCUUCCCGUUCUAGCCUUUGCUUCUUGGAUUCCAAUUCCAAACAUGGUUAUCUAUGUAGUGCCUUGCUCUUCUUUCAUGCCUCAGUGCUAUACAUUCCAAAUUAAACACUAGUGCCCUCUGCUUGUCUUCCCCACCCCUUUAGCUCUCCCUGCUGCUCUUUCACUGUGUCUAUUUUAAUUUAUCUCAAGGCAGGGGAGAGAGAGAACAAGCUGCAAAUACUCUUAGCUACUCUGAUUUUUCCAGUUCUCAAAAGGCACUUCCGGGAUAGAAUUUCUCAUGCUUCUACAAGUUCAUCAGCCAGGUCUCAAAUCCCAUCAAGAAGGCGGGGUAUUGAUUGCAAUUGGUAGAAAAUAACUGCAGGAGUUGUUGGAUGCAAAUACAUAAUUUCAGAAAUGUUCCUCUAAAAUCUCCAUAGAGGUGUCGGUGUGGGAAUUGGCUUCAGUGUAUUCCAUUAAUUUCAAAGUGAGUUAGGUGUAGAAAUUACGGGAAAAUGAGUGAAGAAAACACUCUUUUGGAUCGGAUAAUUUUUAAUCCAGUUUUGUGUGAGAACUGGAAAUACAUUAUGGAAGGAGCAGCCUAUCACCUCGCUAGUUUCUUCCUCCUCCUUGGCUAUAUGGGAGGUAGUGGAACCUUUGGUGCCAUCUAUAUUUUUGGAUUGUUGUCCAUUGGCUUUCUUUGCUCUGCCAUAUGGGGCUGGCUCAACGCUUGUGGAUUAGACAUCAUCAUUUGGAAUGUGCUUUUAUUUCUGAUCUGCUUGUUUCAGCUAGCACAUUUAAUUUACCAACUCCGUAAAGACACUUUUUCUGAAGAAUUUGAUCUCCUGUACAAACAAAUUUGCCAGCCUUUGCAAGUGCCUCUCCAAACUUACAAAGAAAUAGUCAAGUGCUGUGAAGAACAGGUCUUGCCUUUGGCCAAAGAUCAAACUUACACUGUGGAGGGCAAGACACCCAUAGAUCGUUUGUCCUUCUUGCUCUCUGGCAGGGUUAAAGUAAGUCAGGAUGGACAGUUUUUACAUUAUGUUUUCCCAUAUCAGUUCCUGGAUUCCCCAGAGUGGGAAUCAUUACAGCCUUCUGAAGAGGGAACAUUUCAGGUAACUUUGACAGCAGAGACUGACUCCUGUUUUAUUACUUGGCAAAGAAAAAAGCUCUACUUGCUUCUGGCUAAGGAGCGCUACAUUGCCCGACUCUUCUCUGUCCUCCUUGGCUAUGACAUCUCAGAAAAGCUCUAUGCCUUGAAUGAAAAGCUUUUUGCUAAGUUUGGCCUUCAAUUUGACAUCCGCUUACCCAGCCUCUACCAUGUCUUAGGACCUACUUCAGACACAGAGGUGGAAAAGGCAGAGUACGAAGAGGCAGUGGUGCCUGUAGGUGAUUUACCUGCGGUUGGCCAAAGUGCUCCUGGGGUUUCUUGCACUGUGCCUCAUUCUACUCAUCCUAGGAAAUCUCGGCCUGACAGUGACCUGUCUGGUGAGGACUCUACCAGUCUUGUAUUGGAAGAUUUUGCUGAGUUGACAGGGUCUUUUAUGGACUAUAUGAGUGAAGGGGAGUAUUUGAAGUGAGUAAACAUGGGCACACUUCACCCUGAAUAACUUUGGGAAACCACCUGAGGACUAAUCAUCCUGCCUUUGCAAAAGGACGAGCCCCUCUGGCUCCAACUCAGACCCCAGAACUCUAGAGAACAGCUAUUGGGAAUCCAAGACCUGUAUGAAGCAAUCAGGUCACUGAUUGCCAAUCAGGAUGCCCUUCAUUGUUUGUCUAUUAAAGCAUAUAUAAAAUUUUUGUCCAUAUGAUGCACUUUGAAAGGUAUGCAUAGAACAGAGAGGCAGCGAUGGGAUAUUUUCUAGAGUAUAUCAAUCUGCUCUGCCACCUGGAUGUUUGUAUUCUUGAACACUUGAUAUAUGUUAAAUAUAUUACAUGUCUUGGAAUUAUGAUGGUAUAAUUAAUUGAUGGAACAUGAUGGAGGUUCUAUUGAUUCUCUUCUUUCAUAAAUCAAAGAAGAAAGAAAACUAUCUUCCAUUUAUUCCUUCCAUUUUGGUGAUCAUUAGUGUGCUUGCUAAUGUGAGGAGUCUUUCUUCACACCAAAGCUAUAUUCUUCACAAAGGCAUCCCACGAUAACACAGACCUUAAAUAAACUUUCCCCCCAUACCUGGAAGAUUCGGUAUAACAUGCAACAAGUAGGCUGCCAUCUGAUGUAUAAUACUAGAUACAUAUUAUAACUGUGAGGCAAGAUCUGUACUUUCAGGGUAAAAUUGAAAGAUUUGCCUUUAAAUUUUAAACAGUUCACAACAUAACUACCUAGGGACCACAGGAUGAAUCUAUUAAGACAGUAACAUCAACUGGAGAAAUUCUCUUGAAGAUGCAUCUGCUUUCCAAACUCUGUUUAAUAGGAGCAGAGUAAAAGGCUUUCCUUUUGCUCCUUAUUGGUAUUCAGAAAGGAUCAAUAUAUCCCUUUCCAAUUUGGGCUAGUUUAUAGUGAUUUAUAAUAUUUUAAGUGUUGGCUUUUAAUUGUUACCUUAGCUGUUUUGAGUAAGUUAUGGAGAGAAAAUCAGGAUAUAAAUUAAUAUAGCAACACUGUCUUCUUUCUUCCUGCAAAGGAUAAUAUACCAAUUAUAGGGAUGCAAUGAAUUGAGAGGAUGAAGCAUAUAGUAUAUGCCACUAUUAAUUUCCAUAAUUCACCCAACUUGCAUGACAGAAAUGAAGUUGCUUUUCAGUAGGGCUGCCUCCAGUCACAUCAGAUUCUCUUCAGAAAGCACUGGUGUAUAAAAGACUUACAAAAUGACUCUAGGAAGCCCAAGUGAAUGGAAAGUUAAAUCAAAACUUUAUUUUAUAUAUUAUUAAUGAGACAAAGGUUCUACAGUUAGCAGUUUGGAGGGUGUUGCUUUUAAAACCUACAAAAACAUCUUUACAAAAUAAAAUUAAAAUAGUGAUGCCAA